UUCUCGCGAGAGGAAGGUGAGAUUCAACAUGGCGGCGCCCUGCUGCUGAAAUUCUUUCCUGUUCCCGAAUACUGUACUUAUUUAAAAACAAACUCAAUAUCGCCGAAUUUCUUAUAAGUGGCUGAACGCUGGCAGUCCGUGGACAAAUCCUUUGCAGACUAUAUUAUGGCGGACGCUUGUAAAUCCGAAGAUUCAGCUACACCCGAGAAACAGGAAAAAGACGACUCUACAGACACGGAGGAUGUAAACACAAGCCCGGUCCAGAGUGAAAUGUCAUCGUCCGGGUUCCAUCAUGCUAAAGAACAUGACAAGGGGAUCCAUGCAGAAAUGGGCAAGGAUAUAAUUUACUACUGCUCACUGUGUGGAAAGAGCUUUACUAGAAAGGGUCAUCUUAAACAGCACCACCUGAUCCACACAGGAGAAAAACCACAUCAGUGCUCGCAGUGUGGGAAGACAUUUAUACAGAAAAGCAACCUCAAAAAGCACCAGCGCGUUCACACCGGGGAGAAGCCGUACGAAUGCUCGCAGUGCGGGAAGAGUUUUACACGCCACAGCCCUUUUAAAAACCACCAGCGCAGUCACACCGGAGAGAAACCGUAUCACUGCUCACCGUGCGGGAAGAGUUUUACGCUACAGAGUUCUUUUAAAAGACACCAGCUCAUUCACAACGGAGAGAAGCCGUAUUACUGCUCGGAGUGCGGGAAGAGUUUUACACGACACAGUAAUUUAAAAAGCCACCACCGUACUCACACCGGAGAGCAGCUGUAUUGCUGCUCGCAGUGCGGGAAGAAUUUCCGAGAAUUGGAGACUUUAAAAAACCACCAGCUCAUUCACACGGGAGAGAAGCCGCAUUACUGCUCCGAGUGUGGGAUGAGUUUCAGAGAGUUGAGCCAUUUAAAAACACACCAGCGCAUACACACCAGAGAGAAGCCGCACUAUUGCUCGCAGUGUGGGAUGAGUUUCAGAGAGUUGAGUCAUUUAAAAACACACCAGCGCGUUCACACGGGAGAGAAGCCACAUUACUGCUCCGAGUGUGGGAUGAGUUUCAGAGAGUUGAGUCAUUUGAAAACACACCAGCGCAUUCACUCAGGAGGGAAGCCAUAUUACUGCUCGCAGUGUGGGAUGAGUUUCAGAGAGUUAAGUCAUUUGAAAACACACCAGCGCAUUCACACACAAGAGAAGCCGCAUUACUGCUCACAGUGUGGGAUGUGUUUUAGAGAAUUGAGUCAUUUAAAAACACACCAGCGCAUUCACACAGGAGAGAGGCCGUAUCGAUGCUCACAGUGCGGGAAGAGUUUUAAACAACACGGAUCUUUUAAGGCACACCAGCGCAUUCACACGGGAGAGAAGCAACGCCGUACACUCGCGUUGCGGGUGUUUCACGAAAAUACAAAUACCGACAAACAAAAAUUGCAAAUUUCGCGGAACUCGUGCAGUUGCUUUGCUGAAUAUUUAAUGAUGGAGACACACAGCUGUAAAGUUUCAGAUAACCCUGGGAAACUAGAGAAACACGUGGACGAUGUGAAUACAAGCCCUGCCCAGAGAACAAUGUCACCUCGUACUCUUGUACUAACAACCCCGGGAAAUGGAUUCACAAAGAGAAGUGAAGGGAUAAAAAUCACUACAGUUCAGCAUGGAAAGAGUGUUACUCAGGAAAAUGUUCUCAAGCAACACCAGAGCACUCGCACAGGAGAGAAGCCGUAUCAGUGCUCACAAUGUGGGAAGAGUUUUGGGUACAAAACUGGUCUUAAACGACACCAGCGCGUUCACACAGGAGAGAAGCCGUAUCAGUGCUCACAAUGUGAGAAGAGUUUUAGUGAACGGUAUACCCUUAAACAACACCAGCGUGUUCACACAGAACAGAAGCCGUUUUUCUGCUCACAGUGUGGAAAGAGUUUUUCUCACCCAAGCAAUUUGCAAGCACAUCAGCGCAUUCACACAGGAGAGAAGCCGUAUCAAUGUUCACAGUGUGGGAGUCGUUUUAUACAACGCCAUCAUCUCCGAAAACACCUUCGCAUUCACACAGGAGAGAAGCCGUAUCAGUGCUCACAAUGUGAGAAGAGUUUUGGGUACAAAACUGGUCUUAAACGACACCAGCGCAUUCACACAGGAGAGAAGCCGCAUCAGUGCUCACAAUGUGAGAAGAGUUUUAGUGAACGGUAUACCCUUAAACGACACCAGCAUGUUCACACAGGAGAGAAGCCGUUUUUCUGCUCACAGAGUGGAAAGAGUUUUUCUCACCCAAGCAAUUUGCAAGCACACCAGCGCAUUCACACAGGAGAGAAGCCGUAUCAGUGCUCACAAUGUGAGAAGAGUUUUAGUGAACGGUAUACCCUUAAACGACACCAGCAUGUUCACACAGGAGAGAAGCCGUUUUUCUGCUCACAGUGUGGAAAGAGUUUUUCUCACCCAAGCAAUUUGCAAGCACACCAGCGCAUUCACACAGGAGAGAAGCCGUAUCAGUGCUCACAAUGUGAGAAGAGUUUUAGUGAACGGUAUACCCUUAAACGACACCAGCAUGUUCACACAGGAGAGAAGCCGUUUUUCUGCUCACAGUGUGGAAAGAGUUUUUCUCACCCAAGCAAUUUGCAAGCACACCAGCGCAUUCACACAGGAGAGAAGCCGUAUCAGUGCUCACAAUGUGAGAAGAGUUUUAGUGAAUGGCAUACUCUUAAACAACACCAGCGUAUUCACACAGGAGAGAAGCCGUUUUUCUGCUCACAGUGUGGAAAGAGUUUUUCUCACCCAAGCAGUUUGCGAGCACAUCAGCGCAUUCACACAGGAGAGAAGCCGUAUCAAUGUUCACAGUGUGGGAGUCGUUUUAUACAACGCGAUCAGCUCCGAAUACACCUUCGCAUUCACACAGGACUAAAGCCAUAUCCAUGCUCACACUGUGAGAAGAGUUUUGCUCAACAAAGCAAUAUGAAAGCACACCAGCGCAUUCACACAGGAGAGAAGCCGUAUCAGUGCUCACAAUGUGGGAAGAGUUUUGGGUACAAAACUGGUCUUAAACGACACCAGCGCAUUCACACAGGAGAGAAGCCGCAUCAGUGCUCACAAUGUGAGAAGAGUUUUAGUGAACGGCGUAUUCUUAAACAACACCAGCGUGUUCACACAGGAGAGAAGCCGUUUUUCUGCUCACAGUGUGGAAAGAGUUUUUCUCACCCAAGCAGUUUUCAAGCACAUCAGCGCAUUCACACAGGAGAGAAGCCGUAUCAAUGUUCACAGUGUGGGAGUCGUUUUGCACAAAACAGUUAUCUCCAAAAACACCUUCACAUUCACACGGGAGUGAAGCCAUAUCCAUGCCCACACUGUGAGAAGAGUUUUACUCAACAAGGCAAUCUGCAAGCACACCAGCGCAUUCACACAGGAGAAAAGCCAUAUCAAUGCCCACACUGUGAGAAGAGUUUUACUCAACAAGGCCAUCUGCAAGCACACCAGCACAUUCACACAGGAGAAAAGCCAUAUCCAUGCCCACACUGUGAGAAGAGUUUUAGGGACGGGAGUAGUUUUAAACGACACCAGCGUGUUCACACAUGAGAGAAGUCAUUUUUGUGCUCCAAGUGUGGGAAGAGUUUCUUGGUUGUAAAUGUGUUAAAAACAUAUACACUGAAUUUGUAAUCCUGAUUUUAUACUUACAAUAAAACACAUUCGAUUUUUUGUCACCUUAA